GAUAAGACCCAGUUGAUGAAAGAUGUACAGCAGGUAUGCCUGCUUAUGUCUGCACUAGCAGCGAUAGUGUUGAUCGGAGCAUAUCUGGAGAUUACCUGUUGGAGAUUGGUUGGGGAACGGUCAGCUCAAAGAAUAAGAACAGAAUACUUACGAGCAGUUUUACGACAAGAUGUCGGCUUUUUCGAUACACAAAUCAGUACUGGUGAUAUAAUGCAUGGAAUCUCAAGUGACGUUGCUCAAAUCCAAGAAGUUAUGGGAGAGAAGAUGGCACUCUUUAUUCACAAUGUAUUCACAUUCAUCUGUGGAUACAUAGUUGGGUUUAUAGGGUCAUGGAAAGUGUCUCUAGUAGUCUUCUCUGUCAUCCCCUUGAUGAUGUUCUGUGGUAUCGCUUACAAGGCCGUUUAUGUCGGCCUAACGGCAAAAGAAGAGGUUUUAUACAGAAGAGCCGGAAGUGUAGCAGAACAGGCUAUCAGUUCAAUUAGAACUGUAUUCUCAUUUGUGGCAGAGGAUCAUUUGGCUGCGAGAUAUGCUGAAUUGUUAGCCAAAUCUGUCCCUUUUGGAGCAAAGAUAGGAUUUGCUAAAGGUGCAGGCAUGGGAGUUAUCUAUUUGGUUACUUAUUCGACAUGGGCAUUAGCUUUCUGGUACGGCGCAAUCUUGGUUUUUAGAAAAGAGAUUUCUGGAGGUGCUGCCAUUGCUUGCUUCUUUGGUGUCAAUGUAGGGGGGAGGGGCUUGGCAUUGUCACUUUCAUACUUUGCGCAGUUCGCGCAAGGUACUGUGGCUGCAAGCCGGGUUUUUGAAGUUAUAGAGAGAGUUCCAGAGAUAGAUCCAUACAGUCCAGUGGGAAGAGCCCUCUCCAAUGUUCGAGGAAGGAUUGAGUUCAAAAGCGUUAGCUUUUCGUAUCCGUCACGACCUGAAGCUCAAGUUCUGAAUUCCCUCAACCUGGUGAUCCCUUCUUCCAAGACUACUGCAUUGGUUGGUUCUAGUGGAGGUGGCAAGUCUACCAUUUUUGCUCUCAUUGAGAGGUUUUAUGACCCUAACAAAGGUACAAUCACCCUAGAUGGUCAUGACUUGAGAACAUUGCAAGUAAAGUGGCUAAGAGGUCAGAUAGGCAUGGUUGGGCAAGAGCCUGUUCUCUUUGGCACAACCAUACUGGAAAAUGUGAUGAUGGGAAAGGAGAAUGCCACCAAGAAAGACGCAAUUGCGGCCUGUGUAGCUGCCAAUGCUCACAGCUUCAUCUCUAGCCUUCCACAAGGCUUUGACACACAGCUUGGAGAUAGAGGAACCCAACUCUCGGGUGGUCAGAAGCAACGAAUAGCGUUGGCUCGAGCCAUGAUCAAAGACCCCAAAAUCCUUCUCUUGGACGAACCUACCAGCGCACUAGAUCCUGAGUCGGAGUCUGUAGUCCAACAGGCCAUUGACAAGAUUUCCUCUGGUAGAACAACCAUUGUCAUUGCUCAUAGACUAGCAACCGUGAGAAACUCCGACACCAUUGCUGUUCUUGAGCGUGGAUCCAUCGUUGAGAUCGGCAACCACCGUCAGCUAAUGGAGAAAUACGGAGCCUACUAUAACCUCAUCAAGCUUGCUUCUGAAGCAGUCUCAAAAACUUCAACAGAAAAAGAUGCUCUAGAGGCUGUUCAUUCGUCUGCUUAUGAGAGAUAUUCAGCAAAUGAUGUGUCAAGAUCAAAGUAUUACACGAAUGACAUAUCAAGGUCAAAGUACUUCAAGUCAACACAGGAGGAAAAGCAAGCUAAUGAUGAAGAAGAAAAACCAAAAGUAAGAAAGUUUAAGCUUUCGGAGAUAUGGAAGUUACAGAGACCAGAGAUUGUAAUACUUUUGUUGGGAUUCAUCUUGGGCAUGCAUGCAGGUGCUAUUCUAUCAGCUUUCCCUUUAGUUCUUGGCCUAGCCCUUGAAAUUUACUUUAAGGACACUUCCAAGAUCAAGAAAGAAGUUGGGAAGCUUUGUUUGGUGCUUGUUGGGCUUGGUAUUGGGUGUAUACUCUCCAUGACUGGACAACAAGGUUUGUGCGGUUGGGCCGGAACAAAGCUCACUUUGAGGGUCAGAGACCUCUUGUUCCGAUCUAUAUUGAAGCAAGAGCCUGGUUGGUUUGACUUUGAAGAGAACUCCACUGGAGUACUUGUGUCUAGGCUGUCCAUUGAUUGCGUAAGCUUUCGAUCAGUCCUUGGUGAUCGGCUUUCGGUCUUGUUGAUGGGAUUGAGCUCAGCUAUGGUUGGACUCGGAGUGUGUUUCUUUCUUGAGUGGAGACUGACCCUUUUGGCUGCUGCUGUUACUCCUUUUACUCUCGGCGCAAGCUACUUAAAUUUGAUCAUCAAUAUUGGACCAAGACUUGACAACAAUGCGUAUGCCAAAGCUAGUAAUAUUGCUUCUGGGGCGGUGUCAAACAUAAGAACAGUCACAACAUUUUCAGCUCAAGAACAGUUAGUCAAGUCCUUUGAUCGAGCUUUAUCCGAGCCGAAGAGAAAAUCAGUGAAAAGGUCACAGAUUUUAGGACUAACACUUGGGUUCUCUCAAGCUGCCAUGUAUGGAGCAUAUACUUUAACUCUAUGGUUUGGUGCAUAUCUUAUGAAGGAAAACAAGGCAAGCUUUGGUGAUGUGUACAAGAUUUUCCUCAUUCUUGUUCUGAGCUCAUUUUCUGUGGGACAAUUGGCUGGUCUUGCACCAGACACUUCCAUGGCUGCAUCAGCAAUCCCAGCUGUUUUUGAUGUCAUAAACCGCAAGCCAUUGAUCGGCAACGAUCAAGAAAAAGGUAGGAAGAUCGAACGGUCGAAAGCAUGGGACAUUGAGCUGAAAAAAGUCACAUUUGCAUAUCCAUCUAGGCCUGAGGUGAUUGUGUUGAGGGACUUCUGUUUAAAGGUCAAAGGAGGUAGUAUGGUGGCAUUGGUUGGAGGAAGUGGGUCAGGAAAGUCAACGGUGAUAUGGUUGAUACAGAGGUUUUAUGAUCCAAACCAAGGGAAGGUGAUGAUUGGGGGUGUGGAUUUGAGGGAGAUUGAUGUGAAAUGGUUGAGGAGGCAAACAGCUUUAGUGGGUCAAGAGCCUGCUUUAUUCUCUGGGAGUAUUAGAGAGAAUAUUGCAAUUGGGAAUCCAACUUCUUCAUGGGCUGAGAUUGAAGAUGCUGCAAGGGAAGCCUACAUUCACAAGUUCAUCAGUGGCCUCCCUCAAGGCUAUGAAACUAAGGUUGGAGAGAGUGGGGUCCAGCUAUCAGGCGGUCAAAAGCAAAGGAUUGCCAUAGCAAGAGCCAUACUAAAGAAAUCAAGAAUACUACUCCUAGAUGAAGCAAGCAGUGCAUUGGACUUGGAAUCAGAGAGGCAUGUUCAAGAGGCCCUCAAAAUGGUUUCCAAGCGAGCCACGACGAUUGUAGUGGCCCACCGGCUUUCCACCAUUAGAGAGGCUGAUACGAUAGCAGUCGUGAGCAAUGGUACGGUUUCUGAGUAUGGAAGCCAUGACACACUUAUGGCUUCCCAUCUCAAUGGUGUGUAUGCUAGAUUGGUUCGUGCUGAAACCGAAGCCAAUGCAUUUUCUUGA